GCCUUCGAAUCUCGGCUCGGCUCGGAUCUCACUCCAAGCUGUCGGAUGCCGUUCCCUAGAUGCCAUUCCCUCGAAUCUCAGCUCGGAUCUCACUCCAAGCUGUCGGAUGCCGUUCCCUCGAAUCUCUGCUCGGAUCUCACUGCACAACACCAAAUUGUCCACCAAUGAGAUUUGGAAAACGAUCUCCUAACCUUCGGUUAUCCUAUUCAACUCUCUCUCUCCCUCUCCAUCUCUUUCACAGGAAUUUAGCGGAACCUCCAAAGCUACACUUGAUAUGAACAACUAGUAUGAAAUACAUUAAUACAGUAUGAGAGAGACAGUUUUGAGUUUAAAAUUAUGCUUGCUAGUAUUUUAUAAAACAGAUUUACAAAUUCUUCUCCCAAUUGUUAUUAUUACCAGAUCAAACUGUAUUUUCGCAAGAAUACUCUUCGUUACGAUAUCAACGAGAUGAAAAAUGCGACGAAUCACCGUUUAGGACUCAAGGGAUAACAAAAAAAAAAAAUAAAAAUAAGUUUUGAGCGGAUCAAUCUGUAUUUUACGGAUAAUAUUAAUUAUGCCGAUCAAAAAAAUACUGUAACUAAGGAUAAAAUUAGAGAGUAGCUUAAUGAACGGCUUUAACCCCACGCCUCAACUAGUACGAGGAAGAGAGAGAGACCUCAACUAGUACGAGAGAGAGAGAGAGAGAGACGCACAAACCAGUCGGCAACUACCCUUUUCCACGGCGAAAGCAGGGUCGACGAUCGCCGUCCUCUUCUGAUCCCGUUUUGAUUUCAGUGCAAGCCGAGUUGUCAAAAUGCAAGCCUCGACUUAUGCAGUCAAACCCAGCGUGGGCCUGGAAAUUCAAAGCCGUAGGGUCUUACCGGGCUUCGUUGAGUCGAGGAAUAGAAAAAGUCUACCUCCUUCGAUCGACCUCCGCAUGACAGACCGCUACAAUUGCUUCGGGUUCCGACUCGGCUCUGGUCCUAUGGAGUCGGAGCUUCCCUACGUGAGAAUCGGCGUUAACGGAGUGUCUCCGUCAUCUGUCAAGUCCCGAUCAGUCAGGGCUCAAGCUUCUGGAUAUGGAGAUGUUGAGGAUGUUGCUCCUGGUAAAAUCCAAGGGAAACCUUCUGUUUUUCCAUAUGUUGGUGUUGCCUGCUUGGGUGCCAUUUUGUUUGGAUAUCAUCUCGGGGUGGUCAAUGGUGCUCUAGAGUACCUCUCAAAGGAUCUCGGUAUUGCUGAAAACACUGUCCUACAAGGAUGGAUUGUAAGUACUCUCCUUGCUGGUGCUACUGUUGGGUCAUUUACUGGGGGAACAUUGGCUGACAAGUUUGGCAGAACAAGAACUUUUCAACUGGAUGCAAUUCCCCUUGCUGUUGGAGCAUUUCUUUGUGCCACAGCCCAUAGUGUACAGACAUUAAUAAUUGGCCGUUUACUUGCUGGAAUUGGAAUCGGCAUCUCAUCUGCUAUUGUGCCACUUUACAUAUCUGAGAUAUCACCAACUGAAAUUCGCGGCACUCUUGGAUCCAUCAACCAACUUUUUAUCUGUAUCGGGAUUCUUGCAGCACUGGUAGCUGGAUUGCCCUUAGCCGGAAAUCCUCUAUGGUGGAGGACAAUGUUUGGCAUUGCAAUUAUCCCCUCUGUUCUAUUAGCACUGGGAAUGGCAUUUUCUCCGGAAAGUCCUAGGUGGCUUUAUCAGCAAGGAAAAAUUCCUGAAGCUGAAAUGGCAAUAAAAAGACUAUUUGGAAAGGAAAGAGUAGCUGAGGUAAUGAAUGACUUCAGUGCAGCAAGUCAAGGGUCCUCAGAACCAGAAGCUGGGUGGUUUGAUCUUUUCAGUAACCGAUAUCGGAAAGUCGUCAGUGUUGGUGCAGCGCUUUUCUUGUUCCAACAGUUGGCUGGAAUUAAUGCCGUCGUAUAUUAUUCUACAUCUGUGUUCCGCAGUGUUGGAAUUGCAUCUGAUGUUGCAGCCAGUGCUCUCGUUGGGGCAUCGAAUGUAUUAGGUACAACGAUUGCAUCCUCUUUGAUGGAUAAGCAAGGAAGGAAAAGUCUUUUAAUUACAAGCUUUUCUGGAAUGGCUGCCUCAAUGUUAUUGCUUUCCUUGUCGCUCACUUGGAAGGCCCUGGCACCUUAUUCAGGCACCCUUGCUGUUCUUGGGACUGUCCUCUAUGUAUUGUCCUUUUCACUUGGUGCUGGUCCAGUGCCUGCUCUUCUACUUCCAGAGAUAUUUGCCUCCAGAAUAAGAGCAAAAGCAGUUGCUUUGUCCUUGGGCAUGCAUUGGAUAUCCAACUUUGUCAUCGGGCUGUUCUUCUUGAGUUUUGUGAAUAAUUUCGGAAUCAGCUCUGUGUAUUUGGGGUUCUCGAUGGUCUGUGUUCUAGCUGUCCUGUACAUAGCUGGUAAUGUUGUGGAAACAAAGGGUCGAUCAUUGGAGGAGAUAGAGCGCGCUCUCAACCCGGCAAUUUGAUCCUGAUAAUCUUCCCAACUGUUGGUGAUGGUAAUGACAAUAAUGACAGUAUCCCCAGUUGACUGAUACUGACCUGUUGAAGCCUUGAAGGAUUUCUCUACUUUGAUGCGAAUCCACAUUGCAAAUACCACAUAUUGGGGUUAUGCUUGUUUCAUGUUCCCCUUUUUGCUUUAUUUUUCUUCUUUUGGACUUUUGUCGAACCUGUUGUAAUUGUAGAUAGUCUAUGUUGAAUUGGGGUUCUCAGAGCAGUGCAAUCAGGGCAUUUUUUGUCCCUUGAUUCUGUGAUGUAUUUGUGUAUGUUUUAGUUUCCUGAUGUGUUCUGUCGAACUUGAAACAAAAAAGCACUCUUGGUGCAUCAUUAUCUGUAAUAACAGGGCAAUUUUUUGUCAGCAUAAUGCAGGUGGGGGAUUCAGCUUUCA